CAGCUGAAACCAUCGUUGGGUUCCGCCAGCAGCCACCGCAUAUACGUCAGCAGCGGCAACCUCAGCACCUCCAACGGUCAACGGAUCGUUCGUGAUCUCCGUUGAUCAUUCGCCACAGAUCACCGAUCAACACUGAGAACUGAGGACACUGAGAAGCAUUGAGUGAUUCCGCGUGUGGUUCACCCGGUGAGAACGACAUUUGGCUCCCGAAUGUGCUAACGUUGAUCCGCGCACAGUGUUAUUUCGACGGAACUAAGUAUUAAAAGCAUGCAGACGUUGUAAAAGUUAGUGACGACCUUCGAGACAGAAACUAUCUAAUUGUGAAACCGAACGGAUUCGAUACCGGAAAUGGGUAACGAUUCUGGCAACCGGUUAGUCUAAUAGUUCUAUGGAAGAAUCUCUGCAACGAUGAAGAAUAGGAAUUGUCCAAGUUGGAUCGGCGAGUAAAUUAUUUACGACAUCGGAAGUUACUGUUCAAGUUCAAGUUCGCGGCGUGAUGAACGGGAAGCUUAUAGAGGAACCGGAAGUAUCAAUUUGUUGAAAGAUUCAGUGUCAAGCGUAAUGGCGCAUAUUCGAAAAUCAAAGCCGAAGGACUAAUCGUGUGGUUUCGAUAAUGUCGGCUACCGAUUUGAGGGACUUUCAGCUAAUGGAUGUCGACCUGCCGAAGGCCGUCGCGUAUCAUCAUGAACACCGAAGCCUCUUCGAAUUGGUGAUCCAAAGAAAAUUGUUGCAACGCCGCGUGAAACGAACGAACUCCCGGAUCAAGUAGAGUCGACUGCAGUUUCGUUAAAACACUUGAACUCUGCUUUUCGGAUUCCCGUCUGUCGAAAGCGAGGUUCGUGAAAGUGUCAAAGAUCGUCGGGAAACCAAGACCAGUUCGAGAGGACGGGCCACGUGACGUUUUCACGGAUUCUAUAUCUACCAUGCAACCGUUCUCGCUCGGCAGCACAAUGGCGACAGAAACACCGACGAACCUCCCCGCAGAAAGGGUUACAUCCCCAGCACCCUGCAAGAACUUGACCUUCUCCAUAGCGAAAAUCAUGGAACCGGAUAAACGUCUCACGGAGCAAAGCAAUAAUCAACAGAUCACGCCGUUACAACCACCGCCGCCUAGCAUCCCCUCGUUAACUUAUUCCGUUAAUUUGGAGUCAGCCUUCAAGAAAUACGUGCCAACGUUAAGGCAUCAGAAUCUCCUGCAACCAUAUUCCCUUCUUUAUUACCCGAACUCGUUGCUGAGUGCCUUUCCAGCGCCGCCGUCUGCUACACCCACCGUUCCACAAAAUUCACCGUUGCCCACUACCAUCCAGAAAGCUUUCUCGAAGAUGAGCCGGACAACGGCGUCGCCGGAGAAUCAGCGGGAGAAGAAGAGCCCCGGACCACGUAGCAACGAGCUGAGCGCGACGAACAAGCAGAAAACGUUCACCUGUCCCGAGUGCGGAAAGGUGUUCAACGCGCAUUACAAUUUGACCAGACACAUGCCGGUCCACACCGGCGCGCGGCCGUUCGUCUGUAAGAUAUGCGGCAAGGGUUUUCGCCAGGCGAGCACCCUUUGCAGGCACAAGAUCAUUCACACGGCGGAGAAGCCGCACAAGUGCCCGACCUGCGGCAAGGCUUUCAACCGUAGCUCGACGCUGAACACGCACAGGCGGAUCCACGCGAACUAUAAGCCGUUUGUCUGCGAGUGCUGCGGCAAGGGUUUCCAUCAGAAGGGCAACUACAAGAAUCACAAGCUGACCCACAGCGGCGAAAAGGCGUACAAGUGCAACAUCUGCAAUAAGGCGUUCCAUCAGAUCUACAAUCUGACGUUCCACAUGCACACGCACAACGACAAGAAACCGUUCUCCUGCAAGAUAUGCGGUAAGGGUUUCUGUAGGAACUUUGAUUUGAAGAAGCACAUGAGGAAAUUGCACGACACUGGUUCGCCGGUGUUGAACGGGUUAGGUACUUCGGCGCAGAACCAUAAUCAACAGUCCGGCUACGCUUCCGUUCACCACGGACCCGGCGGACAUUCGUUCGUUAGUCCUUUCCUGCUCCCGCCACCUGGCUCCGCGAGUUAUCUGAGCAAGAUGUUGUGACAAGGUGAUGGGAUUCACUAUCCGAGGAAGGCACAGUAUCCGUUGAUCCUUGGACCACCCUGUUACACGGGAGAUAUCGGCCAGUUGACACAACCUUCGAAAUGAGGGAGAUCCACGAUCUAAUAUCGAUGGUUAACGAGAGAAAAUUCGUGGAGUGGAAUACCGAGUGAUUCGACGCUGAGGACCGUCGAUUCCACGAGAUGAAAGUAAUUACUUUCGACACGAAGACCAAGAAGAGAUACCAAAGAUAUGGGGAAAAGACUUGGAAUGGGGAAUGCGUACGUGUUAUCGCAUGGUUUUAAGGCAACCAACUACCUCAUCUAACAGCAACCAAAUUAUAGGAGAUUAUUCCUGUUUUAUCUUAAGAUUAGCCUCAGGCAUUUUCCGUCACUGAACAAUUUCCACGCUUAGGAGCAGAUCAAGUAAGCGGAAAUGAAAUUUCCUUUCAAACACCUUCCUUUCGAAACUUUUUUAUCCACGUUACCAAUAAAUGCAUGCUGUGUUUGAAGUUCGUUCGAGGAAAUGUGCAUUCUUAGGAAGGAGGGAAUAGGAAUUAUGUAACUCUUUAUUUCGAGGAUGAACCAGACAACGCGACGGUGCAGCGCGGCAAGGGAGAACAGAGGAAAAACUGCGUGCAAACAGCACGAAUAAUCGAAUUAGACGACUCGUCGCGGUCAAUCCCGACGGGACAACGAUAUUUUAACCGAACGAGCAGUUGCCAACUGCAAAACAUCGGGCACGAAUAUAUCGAAGUAAGCAAAUAAUCGGUCGUAUCAGUCGAAAUAAACCGCGCUGGCAGGUAAAUCAACAGACAGAGGAACGGACAUAAGCGUGCGUUAGCACGAUUGUUAUAUCGGAAACCGAGUCGCCCAUGAUAUCCGAUUAAUCGUCGCAUGAAAGCUCAAUCGAUGGUGUCCUACGAGAGACAAUUACUUAUUUCUGUAAAUAUUUGUAAAUAUUUGUACUUGCGAUAGAGAUUUCGUUACAUCCGUUACCAAAUAGAAGAUCUGCGAGAUUGGCGCGUACAGGGUGGACAGUAUUAAAGAAAUACACAAAUAUAUCGAUACACCAUAGCAUCACGUAUUUCCGGUUUCCGGGUUACCAACACAUUUUGAUAAAUUGUAUAAAAAUUCACAAAGUUCCAUGAAUUUCUCGUAUGUCUCUAAAAUAUGUCUGUAAUUUAAACGCGAAACAAUGGCACACUUAAAUUAGUGAUUCAACGUUUAGAUACGGUUCACCCUGUAGAAAUUGAGCCGCGUUUCGACGACGCGUAUUCGAAAUUUCGCCCGGCUCGACGUGGAUUUCUUCUUUUAUCAUUGACCGCGCGAAAGCUCGUCUAGGAGCUUUCACGCAGCGAGCAAUGUAGCGUAACGUACGGCAGACAAACAUUGAUCGCAUUAUCUUUAUCUAUCUUUAGGCGAAAUGUAUAAAUCGGUGUGAUAGUAGCUCUUAAGCGACGAGUAGCAAAUGCGCGAGGGAAGAAUGUUGGCGAUUAAUUAAUACUUGUUAUUGAAAUUACGGCCAGUUUAUGGCUCUAUUGUACGCGCGAUUGUUUUCAAACGAGUUUCGUAUUGUAAAAAGGGAAUAGUUCUUCGACAAUGUUCCUUGUUCUUGUACGAUUAAUUCAAUUAUUAUGCAUUUUUAUUUACGUCUCGCCAUCCAAAAGUCAUUCCUACUAUACCCGUUUCCUCAUUUUCUCCCUCCAGGAUAUAAUUAUUUUUUGAAUGAAAGUAUUCCUGUUUCUUCUGGUCAAUACAAUUUACAAUAUUCAAACCGUGUUUCAAAUUUUUACCGUACGAUUUAGAUAAGACAUGACCGACGAUGAAGUGAAUUAAUUAAUCAUAAUCAACGGCGAAAAUAAAGAAUCGUUAUAUAUGUAGAUAAUCGGUAGAGUAGAUGAAAAUGCAUAUGUAUGUGUCCCUUGUUGUACAUAUGAGUCGAUCCAAUGCAAUAAAAUCAUCGAUACCAAUGAA